CCACAACAGCUCGCUCUCUAUUGUUUACGCGCUUCUAGCAGAAGGCUAACACCUUUGGCCGUCGCAGCCAUGGACAGGGACAGAGAUCGAGACCGAGAUAGAGACCGAGAUCGAGAGCGGAGGUUUGUCGCACCCAAGCCUUUGAUAUGUUUCAGCACGAAGCCGUGCUGCCUCUUGUCGCUCACUGGAUGGCUUCACCUAUCGUACACUGCUAACAUGGCGCAUAGAGACGACAGGUAUUCGAACACAUACCGGCCUCGCUCUCCUGGCCCUCGCGUUGACAGCUACCGCUCGACUCGCUCACCACCCCGUCGCGUCCCGCUGAGUGCGGACACGUACACACCCGCAAAUCGCUCUUCUCGACCGCGAAGCCGAUCGCCGGCCUAUCGCAGGAGGUCUCGCAGCCCGAGACGCGAUGAGGACCGUUGGAGGGCCAGGCCGCGAUCACCGCCGCGCCGCGGAUACUCUCCUCGAAGGGAUGGUUACCGCAGUGACCGUGGCAGGUCGCCGCCGCCGCGUCGUGAGUAUGACUCCUAUACACGCUCGCCGCGCCGUGACAGGUCUCCGCCGCCUAGGGAGCGGGAUCCCUCUCCGGCGAGGAGUCGCGGAGUACGGUCACCACCUCGCUCGAGCCGAUAUGAAGAGCCACGCUCCCGUGCUCAUAGUCCCUACCGCCAGUACUCCCCAGCCCGCGACAGCAGAGAUUAUCGUCGGCGCUCACCCUCUCCGAGACGGGAACGUCCGGCGCCAUUCGUAGCAGACACCUGGCGACGAAGAUCGCCUUCGCCGGUCAGGCAACCAUAUGCGUCGAAUGAUGCGUCUGGCAGGGAGUCUGCAGCGACCUCGCGCCGUUCGUCGCCGCCACCAAUCCAUCCAAGCAGGGCUGCGCUUGUUACGGACGAUAGACCGCUGAGAGAGCCAGUCUCAGCACCUCGGUCUCCGUACCGCGAGCGUUCGCCAUUCCACGACCGAGAAUACACCCGAGAGCGUGAGCGGUCUCCUCCGCGCCAUCGAGACACCCCGCCCACGGGACCACGCGUCGACAGAGACCGAGACUUCGCUCCGCCGAGUGGGCCGUCAUCCUUGUAUCGCAAUGGAGACAGCAGCUAUUCAAGAGCUCCACCCACGGGCCCAUCAAAUCGCACCUAUCCUUCCCCGGCUAUCUCGCCGCCUGCUGGUCCUUCGAGCUCAACUCCGCAAGGGCCUGCGUUCUCGCGUGCAAGCAAUCCUGUGCUUGCCGCUCCGACUCGCCCCCGGGGUGGUGGCCGUGGUGGGUUUGGAUACGAUGCGCCCCGUGACUUCUCUGGUCCUCCGCCUCGUCGAGGCUCUGCGGCAUGGGGAGGACGAGGUGGAGGCGGCUUUUACGGUGGCCCGCCUUCUGGGCCUCGCGGCUCCGCGCCUGGACCGACUCCUUUUGCUCCACCCUUCCGUGGGUCGAGCAACAGCACUUCCACAACGUACCCGCGAACGCAGCGUUUCCGUGACCAUCUCGCGGACCUGCCAAAGGAAGUUCCUGGUGGACAGAAAGCUCCGGAGUUGUACGACAAGAGCAAAAUCCUCAAGCUCGAAGAUGAGGCGCGCAAGCUGCGGGAGAUGAUUGAGCAGAAGGAGGCAGCUAAGCGGCAACAUCUCAAAGAGUGGGAUACUUUGGAGAGGGAUGCCAAUAACGCUGCAUUGCGCGCUGAACUCGCUGAGCAGCAAUUGAGGUCCCUGAACGGGGAGAGCGAGGUUGGUGGAGCGGCCUUCUAGUAGAAGCGUCCUGCUACCUACUCUGACGUUUGGUCUUCAUGCUUGACGGGCUGGCCUAGUUGAUGGAACGGGCGUAACAGAUGCGCAUAUCUGCAGGCCUAUAGGCAAGGUGAUCUGGCGAUCUGAAAAGUUGAAUUGUAUGAUAUGGCAUUCAAUGGCGAAAAUUGCUUUCUACGGGCGGCGUGGUGCAGCUGGCGUUGGUGGACCCUGGAGCGCCUUGCACUGGUAGAGCUUCAAUUGACUACUUAUUGGG